UCAUAAUUGAAAAUGCCAAAGAGUGGUAAACUUCUUAAAGAGAGUGGAGGCAAGAGAGUCCCAAAGGUAAAGGACUACGAACUCCUUGAAAAGAUUGGCAAAGGAUCCUUCUCCAAAGUAUUCAAAGCUAGGAGUACUAAAACCGGAGAGUACGUUGCCAUCAAAAGGAUUCAUAAGGAAACGCUGGAGAAAUAAACUCGGAAGCAACUCUAAUAACUCUGACGGGGAUGGAGACAAGCUCAGUGCAAACUCGAAGGAUAUCCUACAAAGAGAACUAGUGAUCUUGAUGCAAAUUAACAAUUGAAAGAAUAUCAUCCAAAUUAAAGAUGUUACAAGGACUAAAGACCAUUUCUACAUUAUUUUCGAAUAUUGAAAGGGAGGUGACCUAGCUGGAUAUUUAAAGAAAAGAGGCAAACUUCCUGAGAAAAAGACCAGACAGUUUAUGAAGCAAAUCGCUAGUGGACUCAAGCCGCUUAAUAAACUAAAAAUUGUUCAUAGAGAUCUCAAGUUAUCCAACUUUCUGCUAAGUGAUGACUCAGAAAAUCCCAUAAUAAAAAUAUGUGAUUUCGGGCUUGCAACACAGAAAAAGAGUCAGGAGCAGAACUUGAUGUUUGACACAAUAUGUGGGACUCCGAUCUACAUGGCUCCAGAAAUUCUUAAAGGUCAAAAGUACGAUGCCAGGGCUGAUCUCUGGUCUUUAGGAACUAUCCUGUACGAACUCUUAGUAGGGUCACCUCCAUUUAAAGGAAAAUCACUUGCCGAAUUAGUUGAGAAGGUCAACAAAGGAAGCUACUUAAUCCCAACAAGCGUGAAACUUUCAGAAGAGUGCAUUAACUUGAUCUCAGGACUCCUCAAAUCAAACCCAGACGAAAGAUUUACCUGGGACUGCUUCUUCAAUCACCCAUUCAUCACAGAACCAGAUAGCGACGAAGAGAUCAAGGAAGAAUCCGAAGCUAGUGAAAUAGAUUCCCAAAAGAUUUCCUUCAUCAAAAAGGUGUCCCAAGAAAAGGCAGCUAAAGCUAUUAGAGACAAUAACUGACUUAUCACAGAAGAAGGGAGUGAAUCUGACUUCAGAAGUGAGAGAAUCUCAGAUGUUCUUAAAGAAGAGAAACUUAAAAGGCAGCAAGAAAAGUUCCAGGAUGAAGAAGAUAAGGAAUCCCUCUCAGAUGAGAACAGCGAUAAACUCGCUCUAAAAUCCAGUAGUACCGAGUACAACUUCUACAAUUCUGAUGAGAGUAGAGGGCAGUCAAUGUUCAGCUCCAACUCAUCGAACAUUCAACCUCGAAAAAGGACCUUUAAAGAGUCGAAAGGUCUGAAUAAUUCCUUAGGGAUCGUAAAGGAGGUCUCAAACAAUGCGAUUGAGGAAGACCCUGAAGAGGACAUCAAUACCUCCAAAGAUAAGUCAAUAUCAGAAAUUGCAAAGCCGAAUGAAAAUGUCCAAAAAGAUGGCCUUGUUGAAAGCAGGAAAGAUAUCUCUGAUUCAGCAACAAAAUCUGAUGGUGAUAAGAUUAUAGAAUUCAUGAAAGAUCUCAUCAACCGCUGUGAGCUCAUCAUGAGCUUCUACACCGAAAGGAAGAACUUUGAGAUUAUACCACAGGAGAAAGAACUGGCAUAUCUGCUUAAUAAAAUUUGUUAUGACUUGAAGGUUUUCAUAACCACUUUCACUAACUGUAAGAACAUUAAGGAGGACACCUGACUCCAAAUAGUGUCAGAAAACAAUGAAAAAGUAGAAGUUACACCAGAAUUAUAUCAGAUAUUGAAGGCCAAUUCAGAAUUUAAGAAAAUGAAACUGGCCAUUGUUAACCAUUUUAUGUCUCUUAGCUCAGAAGUAGAGAAGACGUACGAUCUAUUACAAAAUAAAGACAUUGAUUUCCAGAAAAUAUCAAAAGAGUUAUCAAAAUUUGCUAUAGAGCUAUUCAAAGAAGCAGCCAUCCUUAGAGGUGAUGGUAAGAGUGAAGAAGGAGACAGAAAAAUCGCUCAGGCAAACUUCCUAUUCAAUGAAGCUUACGCUGAACAUAAAAAUUCAGACCUUGGAAACGAAAACGAGGGCUCAUGUCAUAACAAAUCUAUUGAUGAGAGGAGAAAUAUCAAAACUCUCGCAUGAAGAAACAGCUUAGGAACCUCAAAUUCAAAUGAUCCCAUUCCUGAAGUCCCCAGCUUCGUUAAUGACUCUUCAGAGAAUGAAUUUGAAGAUUUAGGCAAGGAUAUCACAUAAUAUUUC